AUGUCUUCCUACCUGCCGUACUCAAGACUCACUACUACUAUGACCAUGUCCACCACCUUCCGCUUCCUGUUCAAGUUAUUCAUAGCACUUUCAGCCCUCUCCUCCCUCACUAGUAGUACCGUCUCCAUCUCAGCCUCCGUUUGCGCCUCCGCCCUCCCCAUCCUUCCUCGCGAUGCAACUACUACUACUACUACUAACACAACCGCAGUCCUCUACCUCUACAACAUACCACAAAUCUCGCAGCUCUCGUCGCAGUCACAGCUCUCAGCGACUGCCAGCGCCGUCCCGAGUUCAAGUUCGAGUUCGAGUCUGACACCGAGUCUGACACGGGCUGAUAGCAACAGCACUGGCACCAAUAGUACCUCUAGCACCAACACCACCACCGUAACCGGUCCCUCUACUACAAAUGGAGAAAGGGAGCAUCGCUAUGACCCAUCAGCAGUCGUGGAAACUACCUUGGGAAUCGUAGCGUUGGUGAUGCUUUGUUUGGUUUGGCUUUACCUCCAUGGGGAGAAGCAAUGUGGUGGGGGGAGGGAGCCGAGGCAGAUGAGAGGUGGGAGGGUGAGGUCUGUGAGGCGAUGA